GCCGCGCACGGCGGAGCGAAGGCACGGCGGGGCUGGGCCCGCCCCGCGAUCCGUCCCUGCACGGCUCCAGUUAGGACGGCGGGACCCGCACCGUUGCGGUCAUUUACAGAAUCAAAAUGGUUGAAGCAGAUCGUCCUGGGAAGCUGUUCAUUGGGGGCCUGAACACAGAGACUAAUGAGAAAGCCCUUGAGGCUGUAUUCGGCAAAUAUGGACGCAUUGUGGAAGUCCUUUUGAUGAAAGAUCGGGAAACAAACAAGUCCAGAGGAUUUGCGUUCGUCACGUUUGAGAGUCCAGCAGAUGCAAAAGAUGCUGCCAGAGAUAUGAAUGGAAAGUCAUUAGAUGGGAAGGCAAUUAAAGUGGAACAAGCAACCAAGCCAUCCUUUGAAAGUGGUGGUAGGCGUGGGCCGCCACCCCCUCCCCGAAGCAGAGGUCCUCCCAGGGGCCUUAGAGGCGCAAGAGGCGGAAGUGGCGCGAGAGGACCACCUUCAAGAGGGAGUCACUUGGGGUCUUCUCGAGGGCCACUUCCCAUGAAGAGGGGUCCGCCUCCACGAAGUGGAGGCCCUCCACCUAAAAGAUCUGCACCUUCAGGACCAGUGCGUAGCAGUAGCAUGGGAGGAAGAGCUCCUGUGUCACGUGGAAGAGAUGGUUACGGCGGUCCUCCGCGCAGAGAGCCAAUGCCAUCACGGAGAGAUGUCUACAUGUCUCCAAGAGAUGAUGGCUAUAGCACUAAAGAUGGUUAUUCAAGCAGAGAUUAUCCCAGUUCCAGGGAUACCCGGGACUACGCACCACCUCCCCGAGACUACGCAUAUCGUGAUUAUGGUCAUUCCAGUUCACGUGAUGAAUACCCCUCCAGGGGAUAUAGUCUUUCCUCCUAUAGUGAUCGUGAUGGAUACGGUGGUGGACGUGACAGAGACUACUCGGAUCAUCCAAGUGGAGGCUCGUACAGAGAUUCAUAUGAGAGUUAUGGUAACUCACGUAGUGCUCCACCUGCUCGAGGGCCCCCGCCAUCAUAUGGUGGAAGCAGUCGCUAUGAUGAUUACGGCAGCACACGAGAUGGAUAUGGAAGCCGAGAAAGUUACUCAAGCAGCAGAAGCGAUGUCUACUCAAGUGGCCGUGAUCGUGUUGGAAGACAAGACAGGGGUCUUCCCCCAUCCAUGGAAAGGGGCUAUCCACCUCCUCGAGAUUCUUACAGUAGUUCAAGCCGCGGGGCACCCAGAGGUGGUGGCCGUGGUGGAAGCAGAUCCGAUAGAGGUGGAGGCAGAAGCAGAUACUAAAAACACUUAAAUUUUUGGACCAAGACAGAUUAUUUCUCAAAUGUGGAAGCUGUUCUAUCUUUACUACCAGAGGACUACUAAAAGGAAAAGUUGUUUUUAACCUUUUUUUAUUGUUGCCUGUUAAGUUUUCCCCCCUCCAUGACUUAUGCUUUUGUGAGAGAAAGUUGAAACAAUGUUUAAUAUCAUUUCAAAAUUGUUAACAUUUCUUUCAGAAAGCAGAUGUUAAAUGUAUAAGCUUGAGCUGUGUACUAGUGUUGUAAUUUUCAAAGUAAAGUUUCCCUGAAAUGCCACACUUCCAUCUGAUUUUCGUCAUGAGUGGAACAAGCUGUUCUUAAGAUCUUCCGCACAACAUCCAACCAUCUAACAUGGAGAUGGAUUGCUCUACCUGUUCAGCAUCUCAUUCUGAAAGUAUUGGUUGUGAUUUGGAGGGUGGUGGGGAUGAUUCUACAUAUGAUUCUACAUAAAAGCUCAGUUGUGCCUAGAAUUUGAAGUCACAGUGUUCCCAGUACCAAAUGCCUUCAGAUCCCUGUGUAAAGAAAAUAGAGGAUUUCAUUCACUUAAGCCGAAAAAGCAAGUGGAUAAUGCUAUAUUCUGCCUUCCUACUGUUUCAUGGGGAGUUUAAAAAGAUCUCCCCUGCAAAAAAAUCAUGUUCAUGUAAGUCAGCUACAAAAUACUGUUAAAAAACAACAAUCCACAAACCAUUGACAAAUUUCAUCAAAGAAGCUGCAAAUCGAUGCUUACUCACACUGUUUCAAAUUUUUGCAACUCUGUAGUGUUUCACUUUUAAAGGAACAUCUUUGAUUCCAAAGGAGAAAAUAAGAUAAGCAAAGAAGUCUUUCUCUCCAACUUCUGAAAGGCUUAUGGCUUCCUAAAAUAAGUGAAUCUUUCAGCAUUCCACAGCUGAUUAAGAGCAUCCAAUGACUGUGAAACAGCAAAGAUGGUAAGCAAAGCAAACUAGUUUUUCAGUCUAAGUCAAAAUUGAAACAAGUUACCUUCUUCUAGUACAGUAAGACAAGCUGCAUGUCCUGGCAAUGGAAGUGCUGUCUAGAUUAAGAAAAAAAAGGAAAAUAAAUUCCCCAAUACAUUAGAAAUUCUCCAAAUUCAACAAUCCUUGGAUAAAAACAUUUAUGGCACCAGUUUUGAAACUAAAGCUGUAAUGCAGCUCACUGUAGAGACCCAGUAUUGCCAUGUAGAGUGGGGAGGGGGUGUUUUGUGACCAGUGUCUCUUAGUGAAGAUGCUUAAAGAGGCUGCAUAUACAGCACAUUAACAAAAUUAAAGCCUUGUGAAAUCAGGAAUUAGUUUAGAUUGAGAAAUAUCGGCUCAACUAUUGGGAGUUGGAAGCAAGAAAUGCAGACUUGAUGUUUAGUUGGAUACCUAACUGUUUAGUUUGACACUGCAUUGCAGGGAUACCCAGGGAUACAUAUGGCAUAGCCUGUGGCAAGUUGUUAGAACUUGGGUGAAGCCAUGAAGUUCAAAAGAUACUCUUGAAUAUAGUAAACCUGAAGAAAAACAAAACCACAAACCCAAAACCUUUGUACUACUGUUUAGUCCUCAGUAAAUUUUGUCGUUCAACUUAAGGAUUUAACAUGGCAGUGCACCAUUGAAAAGGAAUGAGAAUCCAUAAGCCAUGCAACCUUUCUCUAAGCCAUUCCAGUCUAUUCCAAGCCAGUGAAUCCUCCACCAUUUAAAGAAAUAGUAAAACCUUGCAACUGAAUAAUCUGCAAACCAAACUUGUGCCAUUGUUUUGAAAUGGGGGCAAUUACUGUAGGUUAGCUUGUGCUGUGAAACAUGGUUUUCUGAAUUUGUUGUAUCUUCUCUUAUUGCAGGGGGAUAACUUCUAGAAGAUACCACUGAAAUAGUGCUGGUUCAUCUGUUGAUGGCAGACAUGAGUGGUGCCUGUACCAAUACGUAAGGUAAAUAUUGCAGCAGUGUAAUAGCUGCAGGGAAGUUCCCUGCUCAUUGUAUUUGUAGGUUCGAACAGAUGUUCUUCAUGGCUAAGUGUUUUUUUUGACUUCUGUUUAAAUUUUGGAGGAGGAGGCUUAAGAAGGCUUUGUAAACCAACCAGUUUAGGAACAGCAGCAAGACACUACUUGUCUGCAAAAACAGGGCCAGUUUGAUUAUAGCUAAAGAAAAACAUGUUUACAACUGCACUUCAGGUCAUGGGGCAGAAAGUGCCAAGUAUGAAUUUUUAUAACAGUUGGUCAUAAAAAUCAGAGUUGUAAUAAUAAAUGUUGUAUAGACAUUUAUUCAGUCUUGUUAAAUGUGUUGGAUUAGCAAUUAGAGUGAGUAUAAUCUUGCAUUAGGAAUUGAUCUCUGCAGAGGUCCUGGGAUUAAGCUGCAGACUUCAGGUGCCUCCAGAAUGGUUUAAAACUGUAGAGCAGCUGUGUUUUGUGGCUCUAAAGCCUACCCUAUUAAAAUAAUUUUUCAAGAAGAUUCAAGAGCAGCUGUCUUUGGAUUUUAUGUGAAAGUGUGACUUGCUCCUGUUUCUCUGAAAACUCAGAAGGAAAAAAGUGAAAGUGGCUGUCAUGCUAACCUAGCUUUCUGGAAAAUAAAAUUUCUCUACUAAAUAAUUGCUAGUAAAAAAAUGGAAGUAACUUACAGUGUGUGCAGAAUUUGAUAAAAUCUAGUUCAGAUUAAAGGAUAAGGACAACUACCUUUUCCAGGAGAAGCAUUUAUGUAAAGAAGCAUGUGUACUCUCUUAUGUAAUUCUUCAUUGAGUCUGUAAAUGCAAGAACCUAUUUUGCUGUUAGUUUCAAAUUCUACUUUCAAGAACCAACUUUAAAAUGGUAAAAAAGAAAAAGCUGUAGUUUGUGUAGUUGGUUUAUCUGACAGCUGGUCACUGUUACCAGGGAGAUCCUAUCCUUUGGGAAGGAUAAGUUCUGUUGUAUACUGUGUGAUGUCUGUAGCCUCAGUUACGAUUCAUUCUCCCUUAGAGUGUCAGCAACUUAAUAACAGUGCAAUGCCCUUGUCAGAAUAUGCUAGUAAUGUUUUAUAAACACUCCUGAUAAAUUGCUGCUGUUACCUUGAUAAUAAAGGAAAAAUAUGUUUUUUUUCAGAUAAAAUACAGAAUCAUCACAAGUUUUUUCUGUUCAGGGGACACAUGAAGUUAAUCAAAACAGAAGCUACUGCCCUACCAGCUUUUUAUUUUUCUGACACUUGAUAAAAUUUCAACCAGCAAAUGCUAUCCUUGUCUUUGUUUUCCUUUUAAAAUGUGACUGUUGAAAUAUUUAAAUUAGUCUUACUGAAAGGACACUUCACAAUAAGUGUUGCUAAAGGUUAAGAAAACUUAACCUUUUUCAUUUACAAAUCACUGAUGUCACUAGUGUGCCACUAAAGGGGAUUAUGGAAAUAGGUCUAAAAAUAGCAUUUCCCCUUCAUUUCCCCACUCACCUGCAAAAAACCACCAGGAGUCAGUUUUUAAAUUUAUAGUUUGACCCAGAUGUAGGUCUUAAAUCCUCUAACGAAGAGAUGAAAUGCUGUCUUUAAUGCAGCAUUCUAGGAGACUUCAAAAGAUACUGACAAAUCAUCAUAUAGGUUGUGUCAGAAUGUUCUAAACUAAAUGUGUGUGCACCUCAGUUCUCUCUGGUGGGAAGCUGAAGCUUAAUUAUUGACAAGUGAAAAAGCUUCCCUUUAAAAAAAAAAACAGGUGCUUUUUUUCAGUUUAGUAAAUCUGUUGUGACCAUGUUGUAAUAAAUAUGGAUAUUAGAGACAAGAGCACACUCUGUCAGCCUUCUCUUCAGUUUCUAAAUGUUUCCAAAUUCUUAACAGGCAUGGUACCAAUGUUAAGGGAGCAGUAAGUAGACCUUAACUUAUGGCAAGGAGGGUAAUAAUAGCCUUGUGGAAAAUAAGGGUGCAAAUGAAAUUGCCAGCUGUAUACCUUCCCUUGAUUACGAGUUUUAUUUUAUUUAUAGCACAUUAUUGCUUACAGAUUAAUACCAGUAUGUAUACCAGUGUAUAACAGAACUUCUGAGUAGCAUGUUGAGAUUACCAAGAGCUGCUGUGAUUUUGUGGUGAGUAGAAUUUGAAGGCGGAAUACACCCAGGAAUUGUGGUACAUAGUACCUGCCCUGGAGACAGUGUUAUACAAGCAGUGUGCAUUAAUACAAGUUGUUCUCAGGGCAUUUUGAUUAUUAUAGUUAGCUAUUGAUGUGCUCUCAUACUGUUGGAACAGAUCAAAUACAAUCCAAAUGCAUUAACUGUAUAUAUAAAAUUAAUUCAAAGAUAAUCUAGAAUUAUUGUCUCUUGCCUUCUGAGAGGUUACUAACUUGCAUUUCCUUUUUCUAGUUGCAGUGACUAGAAGGUGGCAGUGCAGCAGUGGAUGUGCAUUGGAAAAUCAAAGGAUAACAAAUCACAACUGAUGCAGUCUGGCUUUUGAGUGUAGUGUUUGCCCACCAUUUUCUAGAGGAUUGUGUAAGCAUUCAGGAGUUGCCUUUGAAAGUAGCACUACUGAUCUCUUGGAUGUACAUAAAAUUUCUGGUGGAAGCCAACCGCUGUCUGCCGUAGCUCACACCUUCCACCAGUGCAGAGUGAGCUGGUUUGUUGUUCGUUGCACACACAUCCUACAGCAGCAAAAUACUUUGGUUGGCUUUUAUGUGUGUGCUUGCCAUUUAUGCUGAUAAAAAGAGCAAGUUACACAGAAGUGACUCUUAGUCCUCUUGAAUACAGAGGAUUUCACCAAGAAAACACGGAAAGUUCUGCAUUAUUAUAUAAACAGUUUUGUCCCAACCUUCUGGAUUGAGAGGAGGGGAGUGUUGGUGUACUCAGACAAUGUUAGUGAUGAAUGGCCAGAAUAAUUAAGUGUUCCUCUAUGUACACUGGACAGCAGUACAUCUCUUGGGAGUAGGUGCUUCCUUCAAAACUUUGUCUUGAUUUUGAUGUAUUUUUCUCUUACAUACAUAUUGAUAGGCCAGUGUAUGUGACCGGAAUCCUCAGGCAUUGGUAUUUCAUGUAGAAAAGUCAUGAACAAUCACGGAUAAUAAAAUUUAUACUGACUUCUGUGAUACACAUAAACUGAUCUCAUUUAAACAACCCUCAGUUCAUAAUGAGUAGCUAAAGAAGAAAAAGCACGUAUACCUUGUCUCGAGAUUUAAACUUUAUGUUUGGGGUGAGGCUAUUUGAACCUCAGUUAUGAGCUGCAGAUUCUAGGAGUAAAUCUGUAUAGCAGAUUGGUAGAAUUGCAGUAUUUCCCAGGCCAAAUAAAUUUACUGUUAACAAGUA